UGUACCUCUCUCAUCUCGACCCUCGACGCUAACUAAUACUCCAGUGGAUACCCAAGCACUUCGUAGCACCCUCACUUCUCUCGCACCUCAACACUAUGAAGACUACCUUGGCUUCUCUGGCUGCCCUCGUGGGCGGCGCGUGUGCCUUCACGGCGCCGAUGCCCAUGCACCGCGCCGCGCGAUCCCCCGCGGGUGCUCUGAGCAUGGCGAACAGCAAGGCGAUCCCCUUCAUGCCGCAGCCGGAGAACUUGGACGGGACUAUGCCUGGGGACAUCGGCUUCGACCCGCUCGGCCUCUCGAAAAUCGACAUCGACUUCAGCGAGUUCAUCGUACCGGGGGCAGCCGUGAUGCGCGAGGAGGGAGUGCCAAGCAAAUCGCCGGUGGACACCCUCUACUGGAUGCGCGAGGCGGAGCUUAAGCACGGCCGCGUCGCUCAGCUCGCAGUGGUCGGGUGGAUCUUGGUUGACCAGGGCGUCCGCUUCCCCGGGGACCAGUACGCCGCGAUCUCACAGUCCGUCGGUGCGCACGACCCCAUGGUCGCGUCGGGCAACAUGACCCUCCUGCUGUUGGUUGUGUUUCUCCUGGAGAUGGUUGGGGGUGCCGCUAUUUUCGGCGCAGCCAGCGGGUCAGGCCGUCAGCCAGGAGACUUCGGGUUGGACCCGUUGAACCUCACCUCGAACCCCGCCAAGAAGGCAAGAUACGAGCUCAACGAGAUCCAGCACUGCCGUUUGGCGAUGUCCGCCAUCGGUGGCAUCGCCACGCAGGCGGUUCUCAACGGCGGCGACUUCCCGUACACCGGCCUCUAAACGGGGGCGUGCGCGUGCUGGGCGAGAAGAUUGAAGCGCUGCCCCGUUUGCUGUAUUAACCAUCCGCGAUCUGGCCGACUUAUAGAUAAAGAUGACCCGCCGGUUCAAUGCUCGGUGUGCUUGUUCGGUUUUGUUGUUACUGGCCAAGUUUAAUCACGACUGCCGUGCUUUUGGGUUGCGGCAAAGAGCGGCUAUGGUGUCUCGUACGCAUGUAAAAUUUGGGGGAGCGGACGGCGCGGACGAUUCCCCCGGUGUGUGCGUCCGCCGACCUUUUUGCCCUUUUUCUGGGCUAGAGUAGAUGGUGCGUUUUUCUUUUUUUUGUGGGAAGUCUAUGCCACGGCUUUUACCACGUGCCGGUAUAUUGUCGUGGCGUGAGUGCGGCUCGUGGAGCACCGUCGGCGCGUAGAGUUGGAACGCUGUUUGGGGUGUAUCGCGUCUUGCACAUGCCUGGCCCCCAAGCGCGGAACACUAACGACCGCGUUCAGCAGUGCAACGAUUGCAACGAUUUUGCACGCGGAUCGUUGUAGCACGGGUGCUGUACUGGAUUUCUCUCACUUCACUGCUGCUGCUGCUGCUGCUGCUGUGCGUGUUGUUUGCUUUGAGGGGUUCCGCACGGUGGGUCUUUUCCGCCCGCCCCCCGUCCGGUGUGUGAUGGAAGGAUGGUUUGAUGGCCUCGCCCCCUUUUGUGGUAGCUUGCAUGGGGUUACGCAACGGCACUAUGCUCCAUUUGGUUCUUUUUCUCGCCAGAGUGUCGCGGCCGUUCAAUGAUUUUUGGCGCGGUUUUUGCGGUGGGCUUCUCUGUGCUAGGAUGUCGCCGAGUGUUGAUGUUGAUUGUCCGGCGUAGGACAAACUUCCCUGCCUGUAACUUUUGAAACCGUUGGAGGUGGGGGUAAUAGGUCGUUUCGGUCGGCAUACGCCAUUUUUGAGCUUUAAGCACGCGUCUGAACAGCUGACGGCACGCGUGUAACGAUAAUGUUGACGUUCCCUUUCCUCGCUUCGCUUUCGUUUGAGAGUCCAAUCAAUGUGGUUGUUUUGCGCCCGCUGAACUGGCACCAA